UAGAAUAACGUUGUCAAUUAUGUAUAUGAUUGCCGUCGACAAGCUCCCACUCUCCACUGUAGAAGCGAAGGGAUUCAAGAUGCUUAUGAAAGCUACAGCUCCUUUAUACAACAUUCCAAGUAGGAAGACCAUUACUAACAUGAUAGAAGCAAAGUACGAAAUAAUAAAAGAACAAUUUAGAGAGAAAAUUAAGGAAAUAUUAUCAUACACUUUGACAUGUGACAACUGGACUGAUGUUACCAAUCAGAGUUAUCUUGGUGUAACUAUUCAUUAUCUGGGAGCUGAUUAUAAGAUGAAAAAUGAAUGUUUAGGAGUUUUACCACUGGAUAACAAUCAUACCAGUGAUUACUUACAUGACUCUUUACUAAAUAUUAUGAAGGAUUUCCACGUAAAUUCAAAUAAGGUCAUGGCCGUGGUUAGCGAUAGUGCAGUUAAUAUUAAAAGCGCAGUUACCAAAUUAGUCGGAAGUGGUAAACAAUUAGCUUGUUUCGUGCACAUUCUAUCCCAUUUAGUACCGAACGCACUACAGUCCAUCCAACCUGCUAUGGAAAUUAUAACUAAAGUAAAAAAUAUUGUGAGACUCACCAAACACAGUACUGUCGCAUCCGAUAAGCUGAAAAGAUUACAAAAACGUGAUGGGAAAACUGACGGAACAGUCUUAAAGUUUAUCCAAGAUAUUGAAACGAGAUGGAACACAACUUAUUACAUGUUGGAACGUUUUUUGGCAUUACAGGAAUAUGUUUAUCCUGUAAUAUCGAAAUGUACCAAUAUAUGCCAGAUAUGUUCUCAAGAACUGAAAUUUCGGUUUUAAAAGAUUUGGUAGCAUUAAUGAGUCCUGUUGCAAGUGUAAUUACCGAGAUAAGGGGGGAAAACUAUCCCACUGCUAGUGUCAUUAUUCCAUUAAUUUACUGCAUGACAGCAGCUAUUACUGAUUGCAUGGUUAUAACAGAAAUUGGCAAUGACUUUCAAGCAAAGUUGCUUAAUCAGAUCAACACUAAAUUUCAACAUCUGGAAUCGAAUCGAAUUUUGGCAAUCUCAACAAUUUUAGAUCCCCGCUUUAAAAGACUGCAUUUCAAAAUUGCUUUAGCAGUUUCCAAAGCAAUUCAAGAUAUUGAUAGUCAGCUGAAGAAAAUAUGUACGCUAAUAUCUGGUCACGAAGAAAGAAGGAAAAACGAAAACGACCAAAAUGUUACUAAUGCGAAGAGUUCAACAUCAAAUGUGUGGCAUUUUCACGAUAAUCUUGUGAUAAAAAAUAGAGAGAUGACUGAUGCAACUUCUGAAAAUUUAAAUUUGCAGUUAAAACAAUAUUUGUACCAGCCGGUAAUCUAUCGUUCAGAGAAUGUUUUUACUUAUUGGGAAUCACUGAAACAUGCAUUUCCAACAUUGUCCAAAUUCGCAUUACAAUAUUUGAGUAUUAUUUCAACAUCAGUGCCAUGCGAACGUUUAUUUUCACAUGCUGGAAAUGUGAAAACUGACAAUCGCAGUCGUCUUACUGGUGAGCAUCUCAACAUAUUAUUAUUUUUGAGCAGUAUGUCAAGUGAAGAAUGGGGACUAAAAUAA